AUGUCUUCCUUUGAUCCAACGAAUGUCAAUCUGAACACCGCCAGCGAAGAAGAUGUGCUAUGCUACCUCGCCAUCUCCGAAAACGACUACAACGGCCACCUCGGUGCCCGCAUUUCCUCCAUCUUCGUGAUUCUCUUCGUGUCCUCGGCCUUCACCGUCUUUCCCGUGGUCUCUAAGCGGAUGCCAGGCUGGAAGAUUCCAUUCAGCGUGUACAUCUUCGCCCGGUACUUCGGAACAGGUGUUAUUGUGGCCACGGCCUUCAUCCAUCUCCUGGACCCAGCAUACAAGCGAAUCGGGCCGAAGACCUGCGUAGGGCAAUCCGGAUACUGGGCCGAAUAUUCCUGGUGCGCAGCGAUUGUGCUCGCUUCCGUGGUCAUCAUCUUCCUAUUGGAUCUGGCGGCGGAGGUCUACGUCGAACACAAAUACGGCGUACAUAAAGACGAAGAAGCAACCAGCGCCUUUGUUCAACAUGAGCACCACCUGGACGUACAACCUGCCCCCGAUACCGAGAAGGUAGUCGCAACGCCUACCUCCAGCGAGAAGCGGGUGGAUACAUGGGGCUCGGAGGGCGACUCGACUAUUGCCGAGAAGUCAUUCCGUCAACAGAUCUCCGCCUUUCUUCUUUUGGAGUUCGGUAUCAUCUUCCACUCCGUCAUCAUCGGUCUCAACCUUGGAGUGACAGGCUCAGAGUUCACAACUCUCUAUCCAGUUCUUGUCUUCCACCAAUCAUUUGAAGGACUGGGAAUUGGUGCUCGUAUGUCUGCUAUCCCGUUUGGACAUCAUACUUGGCUGCCGUGGAUUUUGUGUGCGGCAUAUGGGCUGACCACCCCUAUCUCUAUUGCCAUCGGUUUGGGAGUGCGUACCACUUACAAUCCCGGCUCCAAGGUGUCAUUGAUUAUUCAGGGUGUGUUGAAUGCCGUGUCGGCGGGUAUCUUAAUUUACACUGGUCUGGUGGAGCUGCUUGCUAGGGAUUUCUUGUUUGAUCCUUGUCGGACUAAGCGCCGGUCUCGGCUGUUGUUCAUGGUCGCUUGUACCUUGUUGGGCGCUGGAAUUAUGGGUUUGAUUGGAAAGUGGGCUUAA